AUGACUUGGAAGACCCCAAAGAUGAAAUCAUUUGCAACGACAGCGAAUCCAACCGAAGCCGGUCGGCCGAAACCAAAACUGAAAGCUCUAAAGAGUGAAUAUGUGCCGGUUUAUGUGGUGUUAGGGUUGAUAGGGAUGUCAAUGUCGCUGGGUGUAUACACGGUAACGCAUCAGUUGAAGCACUCCCCGAACGUGCUGGUGAGUAAAAAGAAGAGAGGGACUUUGCCAGAGCUAGAAGACCCGGAUAAUGUGGUGGAGGAAUCUGAUAAGUUUCAUAAGAAGUCUUUCUUUAGGAAAGUGGAUCACAUCCAGGAGUCAGAUCAUCGGAAGCAAUCAGUACCCGAUCCGACCUGGGGUGAGAAAUUUGUCCAGUAA